UAUACACACACACACAUGCUCUGGGAGUGAGUGGAUGAUCGCACGAGCAGGAAGCGCUGACCGUACACAGAUAGAGAGAGAAAAAGAGAGACAGGGAGUCUGAGAGAGACAAUCCAACAUUCACAUUUUCAGCUCAUACUAAUAGAAGACAAACUACAUAGCUCUUUCCACACUGUUAUGUGGAAGUACUUCUGAAAAGCAAAGCUCCUCUCCGUUACUUUGCCCCGGGGACAUUUUUGUUUCUUAUUCAAAUAAAUUGGGAUAUUCCGUGUGACAUGUUGCCCUCGUUUCCACAAGAAUCGUGUCUUUCUUCUGAGUGCUCUUUGAACGUGCAGUGCUCUAGCUGUUCCCUGAUAAAGGCUGUUGCUGUUCUUCAGAGGGAAUGACUGAGCGCUGAGGAACCAGGAUUGCUUGCACGUGUGGGACAGUUGUGAAGAAGCAUUGGGAGGAAGAAGAGAGAAAACUGCUCAAGAAAACAUAAAGGAAAGAAAGAAAACAAGAAACAAACAAACAUAAAAUACUGUUUUGGCGCAAAAUGGAUCUCCCUCCUUUUAGGGUGCUCUAAACUCAAGUCCUACUCUGACCCAGCCAAUGCACAGGGCUUCGGGCAUAAAGGCAUGGAAUUGAUUGUCCUCAAGGUCGGAGAUGUCAAUACUACCCAGUUUGUGCUGGCAGAGGCUGAUGGAGAGGUUGGAAGUUGAGUGCGAAAGGACAUGGGACAGCGCUGCACACAGCAGUCUACUGCAAAGUUUCUGUUUAUCCGAUGUACCGUGAUAUUGGUCAGCCUUGCAGCUCAGCCCCUAUCCUGGUGGCCCUAAAAGAAUGGAUCCAGUACCACCUUUUCGGAUGGACCCUGAAAGCCUGGAUCUUCAGCAGGUCCCUGUAUUGUCCAUUGACCAGAUCCGUGCUAUAAGGGCAAAUAAUGACUAUGUGGAUCGCCCUGUGGCACUGGAGCCUGCCUCUCAGGUUGCCUUUUAUCCACAUGAUGAACGGCAUCCUCAGAUGUCCCACAGUCAAAGUCAGCAUCAACAUUCCCACUUGGCCCACUUAAGUCGCUCUAGUACCGUGAGCUCCAUGUCCCGUGGCAGUGCUGCAUCGGACCAGAGACUUCUUGCAGGAUUAACGCCUUCUCAUUCUGGUCUAGCUGUGGUGAGGUCCCAGCCAAAGGGUGACUUGAAACCCGAGUCGUUGGGCAAAGGACUGACAGAUGAUGAGGACUUGGGUCUGCAUCUCUUCAUCUGUGAACGUUGUGGUCGCUGCAAGUGCCAGGAGUGCUGUGCCCCUCGUAAUUUGCCCUCCUGUUGGACCUGUGGCCAGCGCUGCUUGUGCUCUGCAGAAAACAUCUUGGAGUAUGGCACCUGUCUGUGCUGUGUGAAGGGUCUGUUUUACCACUGCUCGGCAGAUAAGGAGGACAACUGUGCCGACCGACCGUGUUCCUGCGCCCCAGCUCAUGCCUGCUCCCGCUGGAGUGCUAUGGCCUUCCUGGCACUCUGCCUGCCUUGCCUGUGCUGCUACCCUCCUGCCAAGCUGUGCCUCAGUCUGUGCCAGCGUGGCUAUGAUCGUGCCACCCGUCCCGGCUGCCGUUGCAGCAACACCAACGCUGUGUGCCGCAAGAUCUCUGCCACCAACCCUGUGCCCUUUCGUAAAACCCUGGAGAAGCCUGUAUGACAGCAUGAAUGAGCCUCUUGCAAUCCUCCCUUGAGGAGACACCUCUGAUGCUGAAGUAGCCGGGGAAUUCUGCUAAAUGAACUGACCUGCUCUAAACCAAUCAGGCAUCCCUGCAUCAUGUCCAUCAUCAUUUAUCCAACUUCACUCUUUUUUUAGUAAAUCCAUGUCUAUUUAUUUAUUUAUUAGAGCUCCAGGAUAGAGUUGGGUAAUGUGAACCGUAUGUAACAUACAAGGAGUAUGCUAUCAGAAUUAAUGCAGAGGCUGUACUGGGUAAAAGGAUCGCUUAGCCAGGGGAAGCUGUCAACAGGAAGUCAGCGCUGAGUGUGUCUUCUUCGGCCUUACUGAAAGAAAAAAACUGUAAGCAAGCUGGCUCACUCUAGACUCUACACAAAUACAGGGCACUGGUUAGGGAGAAGAGCCCAACCAAAAAAAAAAAAAAAAAAAUCUAACUGCGUAAGUCAAUUCUGUUUGACACCAAAAAUGGGACCAUACAAACAUCAGAAUAAGCUCACCUUGGAGAGAUGUGUUUCAAGAGAGGUGGCAAAGAGAGACAUUGUGUGCAUGAGUGUGUGGUGAGGAAGAAGAAGGAAAAAAAUUUGUUUGUAUGUGCAUGUGUGUAUGUGUGUGCAGUCUCAGGCCGGCAUCUGCUGUCAGCAGAAGCCUCUCUUUUUAUUUUUAGAGGAGCUACUCUGAAAGAUAAAGUGUCUGGUCAGGUUUCCAGCCCAGGGCAGCCUGACGCCAACCUCUCCCAAGCACUCUUACAUCCUCAACUCUCUUUUCCACUGCUGCCCAUUGUGCUUUCCAACUGCUCAACAACAGCGAUAGGAUCCUUGACUGUUUUUGCAUCCAACCAAGUUGUGAGACCAAACAUCAAAAGGGACUGUCUGUCCAACUUUGACAGUGCUCUCAGGAUGAGAUAGAAGCCAUUACUUUGAGAGCUCUUGGACAAAUUGACCAGACAAUCUGUAGGACCAUGCUUUAGGUUAACAUCAGAUCCGAGCAGUAACAGCAAAAUAAAGCCAUUGUGGUUCCCCAGUUAUGCCAUACAUGGGACAUUAGCAUCUUCUCUGGUUGGCCCUGAAUGAUUCACAGGAAAUAAGGUUAAUGGAGACUAUUGUGUCAUCUGACAGGAAGAAGGGAUUGUAUUGAGACAAGGGCUUAGUCACCUGGCCAGAACAAGGUAGAAUACAACACUUGGGAACAAGGUGAAACAGAUGCACUGACAUCUAAAACUGGGAAGCAAGUUGAAUGAAAUCUGUUUCAAGUGUGUGUGUUCUUGCCCAAUAAUAUGCACAUCUUUGUGAGUUCCUUUGCUAUAUUUUUGUAUGUACAUAGAAUUCUUAUUGUAUUUGUAUUUUUAUUCCAUUUGUUUUAAUCUGGUUAUUAUUACCAUUUUUUCUAUUACUGUUGGACAUUAACCUUGUCAGAUACCUGACUAAUUCUUAAGACUAACCAUAAGGCUGAUUUUGUAUUGUGGAGGAGAGGUCCCUUGUGCAUGGCACCAUGUUCCACUGCAGUACCAUAAAUUACCCUACAAAAUCAUCCUAAUAAUUCGGCUCUUUUUGGUUGCAUGUAUCUCAAUUAUAAUAAAUUGCUACAGAAAUAAUUAGUUCAAAACUGAUUUAAAUGUGGUGUUCAGACAAUAAACAUUGUGAAAUAUACCUUUCCACAAUUAAAUGACAUUACCAAGCUAUGCCAUACUGGUUUAGGUUUCAUACAAGCUUGAAGAGCCAAUCAUAUAUAUAUUUUUUUCUACCAAUACAAUAUUUAUUGGCAUGAGAGCAGAAAAUGUGCAUUACUAUCAGGCAAGCUUUCAUGGAUGAAAUAGUAAAAAGAUACCUCUCCUCCACAGUCGCAUCCCAAAAGAAUGGCUUCUCUAAGAAGGGUCCAUGAUGUGGGGUUUCAGUGUGUAGGUACAUACAAUUUACAAGAAUGCCUAACUGGUGCUGUCCACAGUCACUGAGUUAACCACUAAAAGUUCACCAUGUUGUAUUAGUAAGUAUUGCUUUGGUACAAUUGGCAUCUUGUAAGUUGUAAAAGAGUUAAAGAAGAAUAUAUAAACAUAUAUAUAUAUAAAUCUAUACAAAUGAAUAUAUUAUAUUAUAUAUAUAAAUAUAUACAUUUUACACUUUUUGCUGAUAUUAUCAUAAAGCCACAGAUAUUUAUUUAAAUGGUUGCAAGGAAAGCUAUGUAUUUAUUUCGGGUGAAUGAUAAAAGAAAUUAAAUGAAAAGACCCAUGAUGAUUUUAGUUUUUUCAGAGUGGACUGGUGGGUGUGGCCAUAAGGCCAUGGAUAAUAAAUAAAACAUUUUGAAAUA